CAAAUACUCAUUAUGAAGAGAGAUCUGGUUUUCCUGGGGAGUCUAAUUAGCCUGGUCUUCCUGUCUUUGCUAAGAUCUGGAUCCCCUCAACAUCUUGCAGAAGAGGCCUGCUCUGUCCAGAUUCUUGUCCCAGGCCUUAAAGGGGAUGCUGGAGAAAAGGGAGAGAAAGGGUCUCCAGGCCGGCCUGGGAGAGUUGGUCCUUCAGGAGAAAAAGGAGACAUGGGAGACAGAGGACAGAAAGGCAGUGUGGGUCGUCAUGGAAAAAUUGGCCCUAUUGGUUCUAAAGAGUCUAUCACCUCCCCCAGAGACUUUAAAAUGCAUCUUGGUAUAGAACAAAGAGGCAGCUUGAUGAGACGACUCCUGAUCUCCACAGGCAUACCUUGUGAGUGUAGCCAGCUCCGAAAGGCCAUUGGUGAGAUGGACAACCAGGUGGCUCAACUGACAACCGAGUUAAAAUUCAUUAAAAAUGCUGUCGCUGGUGUGCGCGAGACAGAUAAUAAGAUCUAUCUGCUGGUGAAGGAGGAGAAAAGAUACAUGGAUGCCCAGCUGUACUGCCUUGGCAGAGGAGGAAACCUGGGCAUGCCCAAGGAUGAGGCCUCCAACGGCCUGCUCGCCUCUUACAUCAAUCAAGCGGGACUCACUCGCGUUUUCAUCGGCAUCAACGACCUGGAAAGAGAGGGCACCUUCGUGUACUCAGACCGAUCCCCCAUGCAGACCUUUAACAAAUGGCGGAAUGGAGAGCCCAACAAUGCCUACGAUGAGGAGGACUGUGUCGAGAUGGUAGCCUCUGGGGGCUGGAACGAUGUGGCCUGUCACAUCACCAUGUAUUUCAUCUGUGAAUUUGACAAGGAGAAUGUGUGAGGUGGGGGGCCCCACUAUUUAAUCUCGAGUGGGGUCUGGCAGAGUCACCACUUGUUUAUAAAGUAAAAUUAUUAAUGCUACAGUCUCCAAGUAUUCCAUGACAUCUGAUAACAUGUACAGCUGUAAAUGGGAGAGAUAUUUCCAGUAUCGGUGUUUACACUUCAGAAGGGAAGAGUUUUAGCCAAUCGGGGCAUCAUUCAUCUUAGCCUAAGAGAAUGUUCUGGGUUUAGAAGGAAAAGAAAAAUGUUUCUCAGGUUGCAAUUUCUGAAGUAAAGUUUUAAUAUCUUUUUUUACUUUAGUCAAAAUGUUAAUUGUGUGGAUGUCGCUCAGAAUUGUUCCCAAUACGAGGGGGAGAAAAAGCCCUUGGCGGUCUCUAAGCUGUAAGAUGGAAUUUUAAAAUGUUAUAAUAGUUACUCACAGAUAUUGGCAGUGGGGGCUACAGUUGACUAGCUUCCUUCUGGUUACUGUGGAGGGGGAAAAAAGAACCCUUUCUUCCUUUUGCAAAAAUUACUGUCGAUGGUUUGAAAAUAUCACUUUUUAUUUCUGUAUGCCUGCUGGGCUUGAAUUGCCCCGAAAGGAAACAACUUUGCUAUGCUUCAAACUUGGAUUUCAGGAAGAAAAAAAAUUACUCCCAAAACAAA